UCCCUCAGGGGCCCUUUAAAUCGGAUCUCCAGCGAGAGAGAAAGCGAGCGACUCGGUGCUGUCUGCGCCGCAGCUGUGAGCAGCGGACACGCUCCGUCUGUCCUUCCUCCUCCUCCUCCUGCAUCCGUCCAUCCGUCCAUCCGUCCAUCCCGGCCUCAGAUGCGCCGACAUCCCGCGUGGAGCUCGGCGUCGGAGCCUCACACGAGGAUGAAAAUGCUGCGCUUCCGCAGCCCCAGCAUCCGCUCCCUGGAGAACCACCACCAGGCGAUCCCGUGCACCAUCCGCCUGCUGGACGACUCGGAGAUCUCCUGCAGCAUCCAGAGAGACACCAAAGGGCAGUUCCUGUUCGAGCACGUGUGCAAUCACUACAACCUCCUGGAGAAGGACUACUUUGGUAUUCGAUAUGUGGAUCCGGAGAAACAGAGGCACUGGCUGGAGCCGAAUAAAGCUGUGGUUCGACAAAUGAAGUCUCUGCAGCCCUUCACCAUGUGCUUCAGAGUCAAAUUUUACCCACACGAACCCAUGAAGAUCAAAGAGGAGCUUACAAGGUACCUGCUGUACCUCCAGCUGAAGAGAGACGUCUACCACGGUCGUCUCCUCUGCCCCUUCGCGGAAGCCGCACAUCUGGGGGCGUGCAUCGUGCAGGCCGAGCUGGGCGACUACGACCCGGAGGAGCAUCCGUCCGACUACAUCAGAGACUUCAGGCUCUUCCCCAAACAGUCGCUCAAACUGGAGCGCAAGAUCAUGGAAAUACAUAAAACUGAGCUCAGGGGUCAAUGUGUUGCCUUAGCGGAACUCAACAUGCUGCAGAGGGCUCACUACCUUGAAACGUACGGCGUUGACCCUCACCCGUGCAAGGACUUCACUGGCUCCACGGCCUUCCUCGGGUUCACAGCGACCGGUUUCGUGGUCUUCCAGGGAAACAAGAGGAUCCAUCUACUCAAAUGGGCUGACGUCAGUAAGCUCAAAUUUGAAGGGAAAACGUUUUACGUCAUCGGGAUCCAGAAAGAGAUCUCCUUAACAGGCAGGAUACACUGUAACAGGAUGAAGAAACUGGUGUUGACGUUUCACACUUCGACCCCCGCAGCGUGUAAGCACUUGUGGAAGUGCGGCGUUGAGAAUCAGGCCUUUUACAAGUGUGCAAAGUCAAGUCAGAUUAGGACCAUGUCCAGUAGCAACAUCUUCUUCAAAGGCAGCAGGUUCAGAUACAGUGGAAGAGUAGCCAAGGAGGUGAUAGAAGCCAGUUCUAAGAUCCAGAGAGAUCCACCUGAGGUGCGCAGGACGCAGUUCGGUCAGAGUCGAAGCUUUAGCUCUUUGAGCCACAAGAACCUCAUCAUGAACAUGGAACCUCUGGUACCAGCGCUGCCCUCCACCAAGGAGUACGACGAGACGGCCACGGAAAACGGCUUCGUUGCCGCCAAGGACUCGUCGGCGCCGACUCCCCUCCCACCUUCGGCCGCUCCCGCCGACCAACAACCGAGCGCGGAUGGAGCCAACUGUUUGUCGGAGCUGCCUCCUCCUCGCGUUGCCACGGAAACCUCAGGCAUCCGACCUCCGACCCCCAAAGCCGGAAGUGAAACGGACGAGGCCGACGGAGCGCGGACCAUCUCCGAGCUGGCCUACAGUCCUUGCGCCAGCAUGCUUCCCACCCCGGUGGACGAGUGUCAAGGAGGAGUGGACCUGCUCUUCUCGUCGCCGGUCCAGAGCCCCGCCAGGCUCCUGAGGGAGCUUCACGCCGACCCCGACAUCCAAGCCCAGCUGGAGGCCGAAAGAGAGCGCGACCGGGCCUUCGAGCGCACCCGUCUGGCCGCGAGGGGCGGCGGCGUCCUGAGCCUGCUGUCGUCCAACGCCCGGCUCAACGCGUGCGUCCUGAGCGUGGCCCGACUGGUCGGCGCGCUGACCGGCGUCCUGUUGGUUACCGUGCCCACGCUCCUCCUGCUGCUGGAGUCCGACCUGGACAUGUCCUUCCUCCACGAGAUCCGCCAGACGCCGGAGUUCGAGCAGUUCCACUACGAGUACUACUGCCCGCUUCGCCGCUGGAUCGUGUGCAAGGUCAGCAAGGCCGUGGAGAACCUGUGGUCGGAUUAAACGCGGGACAGGAACGCGCGAGGACCGCGCGGCGACAAAAGGGAACGCAUCAAUCACUUCAGGGAGAAAGUCUGUCUGGUACGAAGCCUCAAACGUGACUUGGGGGGAAGGCAAAUUUGUGGUUGCAAAUUGGGUCUGAUAUCAUUCUCGGGUAAAAUUUGGACAUCUGGGAAAGCAAAGUGGCCCAAAAAUCUAUAUUUAUGCACAGGCCCGGACUGGACAUUGCGGCGCCAAGAUGUAAUACGAACACCAAAUGCGAACAUGUGGUCACAAAUGAAGUACAGCUUGUGGACAAAAUACCAGUUUCUGGCCAGGAAUUCGCAUUUGUGGGCACAAAUCAGCAUUUUGGGCACACGUUAUACCUCCCAUAGAGCUCUUGCACCUACGUCAUCGAAUCACGUCACUGGCCAGAAGUGCCGGUCAAACAAAGCAUUGUUCAUUGCGAAGUUGGUCGAAGACGGCACGAAAAUACGUCUUAUAGCACGACACCCAGAGUUUUGUCCGAUACCGUUAAAACAUUUAGAAGGUGAUAAUAAACGAAAGUACGUGGAAAAAUGAGAGACACUUGGCGAAGAGGACCCAUAUUCUAUGCCAAAAUCGAUGUUUUCGCCGAUAAGAAAUUGGACCGUUAACCCGCUUCCAC